GCGCUGUAGUUUUGCGUCAAAAAUUACCGGGAGGAGAUUUUUAUUGCCUUUUAUUAAUUGGGGUCGAUCAUCUAUGUUUACGUUUUUUUAGCGUUCAUCUGCAUGGAAAUAAUGAGCGGAAAUUAUGACUGAUGAAGGCUCUCCCAGGAAGACGCGGAAAAUGACGAACGGGGAAAGUGGUGACGAAAAUGACAACGAAGAGAGCAACUCGCUGGUGGGCAUCAGCCUGACCAGCGAGAUGGGUUGUCAUGGCAACACGGAGCAUGACUCGGCCCUGGGCUUCAUCCUGAUGGAUGCAAGUCACAUGACCGUUGUUGAGAUGAGAGAGGCGAUGCAGAAGCAGGUGGAGGCAUUACCUGCCUCCUUUCGCUUCCUCACCAAACAGGGGUGGCCCGUCACCUCGGCCCAGGAAUCCAUGAUUAAAGUCAAGCAUCUCAUUAAUGACGAGGGGGUGGUCAGAAUACAGCCCGAUUAUGCAAAGCCUCGUGUUGGAGUCUCAACGGAGAAAGGCAGGCCGCUCGGUUUCAUCUUCGUAUCGUCUCUUAGCCUACCAAUCAGUCAACUUCGAGAAGCAAUAUUAGCACAACUCGGCGGUAGCCACCAGCUUCCAGCAGGCGAAUGGGUGUUUGUGGACCGUAACUUUUGGCCGAUCUGUUCCCAGCAGGAGGAAGCCAUGACCAUCAUUGAUAUCCUGUCAGGUUCCUGUGUCAGGCUUCACUUCCUUGAUGCGAGUAGCGAUGAUCCUGACUGCGAUGACCUCAAGAAAGAUAACGGACACACCCUGACUGUUGACACACCCAGACAAAAAUAUCGUUCUCCAUCCCCUCUCAGCUUCGAAAAUGUCAGCCUUGCCUUGACCCACGGUAGCAUCCCCCGACCCCUAAGCCCUAUCCCCCACGGUGACUCCUUCCUUCUGUCCAAGUCCAAACGCCAGGCAGCCAAGCAGAUUCUGAUCAGCUACGUACGGGCCGAGGCUUCCCAGUAUGCGCUGGACCUGAAGACGGCUCUGGAGGAUUUAAAAUUCAGCGUGUAUCUGGACGUUCAUGAAAUCUUUUCUGGGAGCGACUGGCAGGACAGUCUGAACUAUGCAGUCAGUAACUGUGAGGUGUUUGUGCCACUAGUCACACGGAGAUACGGAGAAACACAAUGGACAAACAGGGAGUUGAAGCUGGCGGACAUUUUGAACAAGUACAUCGUGCCGGUGUCCUUUGUAGAGACAUGGCCGCCGUGCUGUCUGGCGAUUCAGUUUGCAACCACACAGUUCAUCAACUGGAGACAGGGGAAACAGGAUAGAGAGAAAAUUUUCCGUCUUAUGGCAGACAAAUCGUGCGAGGAGCAAGUGACGUAUACGUGGGACCACGGCGACGUGAUUUGCGUCAGUAAGGACAUUGGGACGCGGUGUUUGGCACAUGCGAGGAAAAAAGCGCAAGAAGAAUCGGAAAAGAAGUCCCCGUUACUACGGAGCUACCCCUCGGCCUUACCGCCGGGUCUACCUACCAACAUGACAGUCGUUACUGAGAGCAGGGAGGGCGCCCCCAUGGUCUUUAUCAGCGUCCAUCCCAAACAACGAGAAUUUGGCGAAGAGUUGAAAGAACUCUUUGAAGCACAGGGCUACGAGGCCUGGUGUACUUCAGAAGUCGACGAUGGGUCCAUGAAUUUCUGCUCCCAGUCCCGGGCACUUGAAGACGACUCCACAUUGAUAUUGGACAGUGAAGACUUUUUCGACGAGGAAGACAAUGCUGCCAACGCUGUCAGCAUUCUGCAGCAGAAAGCGGCUGAAGCUGGCGUCAUCGUCUUUGUAUUAUCCAAGGACUUCGCUUCCUCAGAUACAGGCAAACAACAAGUCUUUUACUGUGAGCAACGCAAACGAGUGGUGCCGUUGAAGUACGAAGAGUUUGAGAUGCCCGGAUGGAUGAGCAUGCUGAUCGGCACAAGCACAUUUGAGGAUGUCAGAAGAGCAGAUUACAAGCAGUCGCUUCUGGCGAGAGUGAAGUGCGCCCUCAACCCAAACCAGCCAGACUGCACGGCGAUGAACGGAGCCCAGGAAUCCCAAAUUGAAUCACGUGUCAGCAGCAUAUGUCAGAAACUUCCCGGCAGCAAUUGUGUCUACAUCUCAGGUGGAACCAGUUUCUACUACGACAAGAGUGAAGCCAUAUGCAAAGAGAUUGGGAAAGCUCUGGCUAAGUUACAGAAAGUGACGCUAGUUACAGGAGGAUUCUUUGGUGUCGGGGAGACAGUCGCUAAGAGCUUCUACGAUGAGAGACAGAGACUAGGGAGGGUUGAGGACGUCUACCACAUACUGCCUCUCAGAGAUGAACAGGAUCGAAGCCCACAGGCAAGGCAGAACAAAGACAAGACGUUUCAGCGUGUGCCGUUUGGCGAGACGGUCUUUGUCGGCGACAGCGUUAGACAGAGAGAGACGAUUGUCUCCCGGAUAUUUGAUAUCUGUGUCUUGAUAGAAGGGGGCCCUGGUGCUGCCCACGAAGCCGAGGAGUUCACUUGGAGCGAUCACACAGUCAUCCCAAUCAAAUGCACAGGAGGCUCAGCCGGCGGCAAAUUCAACGUUCCAUCCAAAAUAUUUCAGUGCCCCCCUGGUGUAGUACGCGAAGACUGGCACCAACUGGCAGACAAGAACGAAUCACCAGCUGCAAUCGGUGCUGCAGUGGCGCGCAUCAUCACUGCGUUACAGCAAGAUGUAGCUGCCCAGCUGACGCGACUCAAGACGUUUCGACGUGGCAGCGAAGCUAAGACAUAAAGCCUCAAGCGGUAUGCCAUCUUCAUGAAACAAAACAAGCCUAGUAAAAGCUGGUCCCAAAGCGCACAAAAUUCCAUUCAAUAAGCCAGUUACGUAUCUGAACUGUGCACAAUGAUAUGGGUCACGGGUCAUCCUGGAUAACCAAACGUUUGGAAGGCGCAUGAACGCGGGCGCACGACGCUUGCGUGUAAAUUACCAGCAGAAUGGGUGUGCGCGUAACAUCGCGUAACAUCACGUCAGCGAUGUUAUCCCGAAUGACCUCGGGUCAUUGAAUUACCCAACUGGCUUAUUCAGUCAAGUCUAGAUGGAAAUGUGGUCACAGAACCAUGCAUGAUACAUGCACAGUAGGUCUUAUCAUUCUCAUAGUCUUUGCUGAAUUAAAGAGUGUGUAGUUUUCUGAACGUGUGUUUUAAUUUGAGCCCCAUUCUCCUCAUCAAAAAUCCAUGGCUGUGCAGAGCAGAAACUGAAAAUAUUGCAUUAAAAAAAUGUGUAUACAAGUAAAAAUCAGGGCAAUGUUAAGCACACAAAUUUCUGCUAACAAAGGCUCCGUCUAUUUCAUGGAAGCAAAGGCAUGCUUCACCCCAGAGGAAAAAGUGGCUUAUACAAUAGAAAUCUCCAUGCGCCUGCAACAGUUGGCACAUCGAAGGUAUGAAAUAGUGCUUAAGGUUAGCACGAUCUCUGCUUUACAACUUUUCUGCUAAAUGUUAAGCAGUGCCAGGAAAUUGGGCCCAGGUUUGAAGCAGUCACAAACAUCAAAAAUUGCAUAGUGUUUGCUUUUUUUUGGCUAUUAUUUUGUGCUUAACCAUUGUAUGAAACUUGCCCCUGGACUUUUGUUUUGAAUCUUGACUUUGUAGCUAUCAGAAAAUUCAACUUUUGUUGGUUUUUACUGCUUGCCAUGCUCUGUGCUCUAACAACAGAGCCUUACCCAAAGAAACAGUUACGUAACUGCCAUAACGAGUGUGUGUUCAAUCCAUUUUUUGGGAAGGGGGGGGGGUUGAAAUUUUUUAAAGUAUUAUUAUUGACAAUGGAUUUACGUUGUCAAGUGUAGUUACGCCAAGUAUUUUUGUAAAAAUUGCUUUACAUAAUGUGUAUAUUUUCUUUUGUUGACAUUAACACAAAUUGGUCAGUGACAACAUGAGGCGUCGUGUCAAGAAAUACCUGGGGUCAGUUGUGGACAUAUUUCUCCACAACAAUAGGCCUGGUGCAGAGAAAAUCAUCCCCAAUUCAGUGAGGCCCACUCCUUACUUUGACAUUGUGAAAGACAUUGAGAUUCAGUACAUAGUUCCUAGACAAACCAUCAGAGUUUGCUGGUUUAGUGUUUAAAUGAGGUUAGGUUAGUUCAAUAGGAAUGCAUGAGGACCCUUCCAACUUGUAAUAAUCUUUGGAAGUCCUAUGGACUAAAAAUGUAAUGGUACAACUCAAUAGAAUAUAAUCAUGCAAAAAAAAUAUGAAUUUUUGUUUUUGACGUUUCUGUUUUGUGAACACUUCUAAACAGUUAUGUUAGAU